UUAGUCAACUGACCCGCUUGGCCCAUUUCUUGUUUUCCAUUCCACGACGUCAGUUUGGCGAAACCCUAAGCUCACAUUUUCACUUGCAAAAAAUGGUGAACACCAGAAGAAGCAAAAUCAGGAAAACCCGAAACCAAAACACCCCUACAACCGUGGUGGAGGAUUCCGAUCAGAAAUCGUCUCAAUCUGGAUCAUUGAUUGGGUCCAACGAUGACCUUUUAACCGAGAUUCUUAUCCGCCUCCCGGUUACCUCCAUUCUUCGCUUCAAAUCUGUUUCCAAACACUGGCUUUCGCUUUUGACUCACAGCCAUCUCACCCAAAGGUAUGAUAAGCUUUCUAAAUCCCCUGGGUUUUUUGCCAGCAAUAAAUAUGUUCCCUUUGAUGUUGAAAAUCCAAACACUCCUCCUUUUCGUAGUCUUGAUCCCUACUUUGAUCCUUCGGGUUUUGAUAUCUUGCAAUCUUGUAAUGGGUUACUACUUUGCUCUCCUGAUCUAGGGCCCAAAGGCCACAUAGCUGCUCCUAAGUAUUACGUAUUUAAUCCCACCACCAAGCAAUUGGCAACCAUCCCACCGCUUCUCGGAGGUUUGAAAGUCCAUAAAACUAUCCGUUUUAUGGGUCUGGCCUAUCAUCAAACAGAUUGUCCUCACUACAAGCUUGUUUGUAUUCGUUUUUUAGAGUGUUUUGGGGAGUUUCUUGAGCUGUUUCAGCUUCAAACCUACUCCUCUGAUACGGGGAAAUGGAAGAUUUCUGUCGAAUCUUUCCAUGCGAUUAAACCCGCCUUCUUUUACCAGGGGGUAUAUUGGAACGGGGCUGUUUUUUGGGGACCUUAUUAUCAAAAUUACUUGUACUUUAAGUUAGAUGUUGAGCAGCUGCAAACGUUACCUUUGCCCGUAGGGUUGCCGUCUUCUCAAAUAAUUGCAAUGUACUUUGGAGAAUCUAGAGGUCAUCUACAUUUAAUAGUACGCAACAGGUUCCAAGACUAUAGUUUACCCUUGAAUGUGUAUGAGAUGUUGAGCGAUCAUUCGGGUUGGUUUGUCAAGUAUCAACUACAACUUGAUGAACUUCCGGGUGCUUUCACAAAGACGGUAUCUUGGGACGGUUAUUGUGCUCUCAACGUCAUCGAUGUGGUUAGAGGUGAAGAAGAAGAAAACACGUUCCUGGUUCUGAAAACUCCCGAAAAGUUAAUAACAUAUAAUGUUCAUGACAAGAGUUACAAACAAAUAUUUAAUUUCAGGAGGUACUCCUAUAUAGGCUCUUCAAUAUUUCAUCGUUACACUGAAACCCUGUCUUCUUUCUAAAAGACAUUUCGAUAUGUUUAUAUUAUUAUGAACAUGUUUGAACGUGUGUAGUAAAAAAAAUUUUAAGUUAUGUAAACACAUCUGGUAUAUUGUUAAUAUGCUUUUGUUUAUGGUAGCAUGUUCUUUUAGAAUCA